GUCUUGUCUUCUCCGCGGCCUCUCGUUCCUCAUCCUACUUUGGGUUCACCACUGCCAUUGCCGAUCACUCUCCGCCACUGUAACGUCCCGCCAUUCAUGCUUCUGCAUAUUCCAUUGAGUUUAUUUUAUAUACAUGAAUCUUCAAUUGUGCUGCUGCUCUGCCGCCUCUUUACCUGCGCUCCGUCUCCCCCUUUGCUGCCGUUCCCGGCGUAAUUUUUAUUGCUUCUUCCUUUCUUAUGAGAGAAGCCAUCAAUCCACGUCGUCAGGUUUUCCGAUUUCGAGGAAUUUUGUGUCGGCCGCGAAUAAUCAGGUGUCGUCGUCGUCUGAGGAGAGGAAGUUGCCUUCAGAGCUUUUGGAUGAAGAGCUUAUCUCUCUGAUUUCCGCGGCCAAAGAUGCGUCAGAGGUGUUGGAUUUGAUUGGCCGGGAGCGCGGGAGGAGUGGCGGAGUGGUGAGUGCUUCGGAUUGCCGUUUGAUUAUCUCGGCUGCGCUUUAUCGUGGCAAUGCUGAGUUGGCUCUCUCGGUAUUCUCCGCCAUGCGCUCAAGCUUCGACUCUGGUUCGAUUGAGAAUUCUACAUCAAUUGAGAGAUGGAAGUGGUCAAGGCCAGAUGUGGAUACAUAUACGUUACUUGUCAGGGAUCUUGCAGCCUCUUUAAGGGUUUCAGAUGCCCUUAGAAUGAUUGACUGUGUUUGCCGAGUGGGAGUGUCUCCUGGUGAAGAGGUUCCUUUUGGUAAGGUUGUGAGAUGUCCGAGUUGUAUGAUUGCUAUUGCAGUUGCCCAACCACAUCAAGGCAUUCAGCUUGUAUCAUGCUCAAGGUGCCGCUACCAGUAUGAACUAGUCUCAGGCAAUAUCUAUUCCAUAGAAUCAGAAGAAAUCAGCAUGGAUGUUCCUGCAUGGAAAAGAGGGCUACAACUCUUGCAAAUAAUGAAACAAAACAUUCCAGCUGCAGUUCACUCUAUUGUGGUGGAAACUCCAUCUGGCAUGGCAAGAACUCACAGGUUUGCCACUGAAACAGUUGAUCUCCCUGCCCAGGAAGGAGAAAGAGUGACUGUUGCUGCAGCAGCUCCAUCAAGUGUACAGAAGGAGGUCGGACCUUUAAAGUUGAGUCCUAGAACUCCCAAUUUCUAUCCCGGGGAGCCCAUGUCCCUGACAAAUCAUAAGGAUGGCCGAGAGUCUCGAUUACUAAGAGCUCCCUCUAAAGAGGCCGGCAAAACCAUGUUGAGUCCGUCUGUCUUAUUACCUGUUCUUUUACUGUUUGCGACUGGUGAUGCUGCCUCCGGAUUGCUCGAUCCUAGCCUGCCCCAGUUAAUUGCACUUACAUCAGUUUCUUCACUUGCUCUUGGUGUUACUUUUAACAGUAUUAUUCUCCCUCAACUCAACAAGCUUCCUCAGAGAUCAGUCGAUAUAACAUCCAUAAGGCAGCAGCUCUUGUCUCAGUAUGAUGUACUUCAGACUCGUAUCAAGGAGUUGAAGAAGGCUGCCGAAAAUGAGGUUUGGAUGCUUGCUCGCAUGUGUCAGUUGGAGAACAAAAUUUAUGCUGUUGGUGAACCUUCAUAUCGUGCGAGAAGAAGUAGAGUCAAAAUGGUACGUCAAGGACUGGAGAAUUCACUCAAGAAUCGAAUCGAACUCAUGGAAAGCUAUGCCAGAAUAUCUUCGAUGAUUGAGAUUGAAGUUGAAUUGGACUUGGAUGUUGCCGCAGCUGAAGCAGCCAGCAAUGCUGAAAAUAUUGCAGAACAAAUCGAGCAAAUAAUGGAAAUCGAGAAUCUCGAAGAGCGAUGGAGAUUGCAAGCCGAGGCAAAUGAUGAAGCCGAGAGACUUCUCAACUCCGAGCCUGUGCAGAUAUUAGACAAGUAGUCGGGUCUAGUCGAUGUAUCUAUGUUUUUUGCUAGCAGAAUUUCCCAUACAAUACAUGGCCAUGCUCCAAGCAUUCCGUAACCCUUUGCGUUAAGCUAAAGGGAAAUACAUUAUAUAUAUAUGUGUGUGUGUGUCUGUGUCACUUA